AUAAAAAGAUGGUCUACUUUGCAUACAGCCACUUAGCCUUCAUCAGCCUGUUGGCGCUUACAGCCAUAAAUUCAGGCGAAUCGUUGGAUGUAAAUACACUUUCAAAGAAACUUAUUAAUGUUAAUAAAGAAAUAGUUGGAGUCAUUUCGGAUCUGAGAGGUGCAGAAGAGAGAGUACAAAAUAUUAAAGACAAGAUUCUCAUUUAUAAUGCAAGCUUGCGAGGAGAACUAGAAAAUUAUACGAACUGCCUGGAAACUGCAUACAUGUACAGUUGGGGAAAUAUGGUAUUUUACAGUGCGUUCUGACAACUUUUUCAAUUCAAAUAUAAUUUUUUUGUUUUCACCAAAAUCUGUUCACGAAACUGAGUUUUCAUCUGAUAAAUCAGACGUUGGUUUCGUGAUUCAGUCACAGUUGUUGAGAUGCGCUCUCACCGAUCAUUUAAAUAAUGAACGCUGGCAAAUUUAUCAACUAGAAAUUGAUCAGAGCUUACUGAAUAUACUAACCUCUGUCCAUCUUUCUCAGGGAUAUUAAACCGUC